GUGACUUUGGGGCGUUUGGGCCAAAAAGCUGAAAUACUUCGGGCCAAGGGGUUGAUAUUUUUCAGCCCAAAGAAAAUUAAAGGGAAAUCCCAUGAAUACACUUGCUCGUGAACUGCAAUUAGAUCCCCGCAAAAUUCGUUUAAUUUAAAUCCGACCCCCACAAAAUUCCCAAAAGCGAACUCCAUAAAACCUAGAGCGCCACAUUUUCAGUUCAUCUGGUACUGACCCAAAUGGCGGAGACAUCGCGAAAAGUGGAUAUGGAGGAGCUGCUGAACUACAGCAAUUAUCUGAUCGAAGUUUUGAAGGAGGAGAAGGAUGUUGAUGCUCUGAAGCAUUUUCUCCGCCAAUCGGAGGUUCUUCACUCUCAGUGCGUGAAAGAUUUCGAUGAAGUUCAAAAAUCUAUCGAAGAUUAUGAAAAGAAGAUAGCUGAAUGCAAGCAAAAAGCAGCAUCUGCAGCUUCUGAAAGUGCCUCUGAUGCAGAGUUGGAUUCUCUACAGAAGGAGCUAGACGAGGGACAACAACUGGAACGCCGUCUCUUAACAACUACUAUUACGAUGAACACAGGAAUUGUCAAAGAAAUCAAUGAUCUAGAGAGGCAAAUGAUCUCUGGUGAAGAAGAAACGCAGACCAUCAAGAAACUUGCACGAGACGAGCUAAGAGCUCACUUUAAUGGCGGCACCACAAUCAAAUUCGUCUCCGGCCAGCCGCCUGACAAACAGCUCCUCCUCGAGCUGAAAGGCAACCUCAGCUACGAUUCCUCCCUGUCGACCAAGCUGGUGCAGUGGACCGAAUCCACCGACCACUGCCAAUGGGCCGGCGUAAAAUGCGACUCUCGAAAUCGCGUGUCCGGCCUCGAUCUGAGCGGCGAAGCAAUUUCCGGCGGUAUUAACGGCUCCGGCAGCAGCCUCUUCGACCUCGCGCGCCUCGAAACCCUUAAUUUGGCCCAAAACAGCUUUUAUCCGGCACAGCUGCCGCCGGGAUUCGGGAGGCUCGCGAAUUUGAGGCGCCUGAAUCUGAGCAAUUCGGGCUUCGCGGGCCGGGUCCCGCCGGAUUUCUCGGUGUUAACGAGGUUAGUCGUUUUGGAUCUUUCCUCUGCAAUUUACUCGUCGAUUGAGCUUGAGGGCCAUAGUUUGGAAAAUUUGAUUCGAAAUUUCACGAGGUUGAGAGAGCUUUACCUCGACGGGGUGAAUGUUUCUGCGCAAGGGCGUGUUUGGUGCAGUGCAAUUUCAUCUUCCUUGCCGAAUAUAAGGGUUCUGAGCUUGGCCAAUUCUUACCUCACGGGCCCUUUCGAUUCCUCUUUGGUUAAGCUUAGGUUUUUAUCUGUCAUUCGUCUUGAUGGCAACACAUUUUCUUGCCCUUUCCCUGAUUUUUUUGCAGAAUUUUCGAAUUUGAGGGUCUUAACUAUGAGCUCUUGUGACUUGUUUGGCGUAGUUCCUGAGAGAUUGUUCCGAAUUCGGAGCUUGCAGACAGUCGACUUGAGUGGCAAUCGAGAGCUUGAAGGCUCUUUGCCUGAUUUUCCUGUGAAUGGGUCUCUUCAGAAUUUGCUGCUCAGUUACACAAAUUUUUCAGGCAAUUUGUCUGAAUCUGUAGGGAAUCUUGGAAUGUUAUUGAAUUUUGAUCUUAGGGCUUGCAGGUUUUCCGGACCAAUUCCAAAUUCGAUAACAAAUCUUUCUCAUCUUACUUAUUUGGACCUUUCUCUAAAUCAGUUUUCAGGUUCUGUUCCUUCAUUUGCUCUGUUGAAGAAUCUCACGGUGAUAAAUCUUCGUGGCAACCGUUUAACGGGUCAAAUUUCUAAUUCCCUUUGGGAGGGCCUUGAAAGUCUAGAUUUUCUCGACUUGAGUGAGAAUUUACUCGAUGGAGACAUCCCAACAUCUCCAUUUUCAUUGCCUUUUCUUAAAGUAUUACAUCUUUCCAACAAUCGGUUUUAUGGUUCGGUUAGUGACUCUAGAAAUAGUUCUUCUGUACUCGAAGUCCUUGAUUUGAGCGUGAACGGUCUUCAAGGCCCAAUACCUCGAUUUUUCUUUGAACUAAAGAAUCUUUCAUCUCUCUCUCUUUCUUCAAACAACUUCAACGGCUCCAUUGAGUUAACCGAUUUCGAAAAGAUGAGUAACCUGGUGAAUCUUGAUCUUUCUUACAACAAUUUAUCCAUACAAGUGGACGAAAAAGUACACAUAUCAUCAUUGUACCCCCGUUUAGGAACUCUAAUGUUGGCAUCUUGCAAUUUGGAAAAAUUUCCACUUUUGAUGAACCAAUCAUCAUUGAUGAUGCUUGAUCUUUCGAACAAUCGGUUAAACGGUGAGAUCCCCAAUUGGAUAUGGGAAGUUGGUGAUGGAUUUCUCCGCUUCUUGAAUCUUUCUCAUAAUCAAUUUACUCACCUUCAAGAACCGUACGAUUUUCGCGGUUUGCAUUAUCUCGAUUUGCAUUCCAAUUUGCUUACCGGACGUAUUCCAAUUCCACCACCUUUAGCCGUCUUGGUCGAUUUUUCGAGCAAUAAUUUUUCCUCUCCUCUCCCUACCGACAUCGGUAAUUUCCUCACGCCCUCACUUUUCUUCUCCGUAGCAAAUAAUAAAAUCGGCGGAAUAAUUCCACCCUCACUCUGCAAUGCAAGCAGGCUACACAUUCUGGACAUGUCGAAUAAUAGCCUGCACGGCCGAAUUCCUUCUUGCUUGUUACGAAUUGCUGAAAUUAAUGUAUUGAAUUUGGGAAGAAACAAUCUUGAAGGAGAAAUACCCGAUGAGUUUCCCGUCGGUUGUGUAUUAGAGAGUCUUGAUCUCAGUUUUAAUGCUCUGCAAGGAAAAAUUCCUCGAACUUUCAAUAGAUGCUCAGAUAUCGAGGUCCUAAACCUCGGAAAUAAUGUCUUGAACGAUACUUUCCCUUGCUGGCUCAAGAACUUGUCCAAAUUACGUGUCCUCGUUUUACGUUGUAAUAAUUUGCACGGCAAUAUUAGCUGUUUGGGUGAUAACAUUACACGGCAUAAUCUCCAAAUCAUCGACAUUGCUUCGAACGAAUUUAACGGCAACUUGCCUGCAAAUUUGUACCCAUCAAACGAGGAAGAAGGCCCAGCUCAGCAACUCGAUCACCUGCAUUUUGUUUUUCUUACAGCAAGUGGGAUUUACUAUCAAGAUUCAAUAAUGGUCACCUUCAAAGGACAAGAACUCGAAAUGGAGAAAAUCCUAACAGUCUUCACCUCAAUCGAUUUCUCGAACAACCAUUUUCAAGGUACAAUACCCGAAUCAAUCGGGCGGCUCGAUUCUCUUUAUGUCCUGAACUUCUCGCGCAAUGCAUUGUCGGGUCACAUUCCAAAAUCGAUAGGAAAUAUGCAAAAGCUCGAAUCUUUGGAUUUCUCGUUCAACGAGCUGAUGGGGGAAAUCCCGGACGAGCUAGCGAGCCUUACAUUCCUUUCAUUCUUGAAUUUGUCUUAUAAUCAUCUUGUCGGGAGGAUACCGCGAGGUCGCCAGAUGGACACGUUUACCGAGAGCUCGUUUAUCGGAAAUGAAGGGCUUUGUGGGUUUCCUUUGAACAAAACUUGCAGUGAUGAUGCUAUUAGAGAAGAAGAAGUUGAUGAAGAGCAUAUGAGUUUGGAUAUUGGGGUUUAUGUAAGUGUUGUGUUGGGGUUUUUUGUGGGUUUAGGAUUUGUGUUUUGGCCACUUGUGUUUUGUGAGAGAUGGAGAAGGUGUUAUAACAGGCAUGUCAAUAGAUUUGUGUUGAUGAUUUUACGUCGCAAAGAUGAGGACUGCGACGAAUUCCGACUAGUCUCCUCCAAAAUCAGCCACGAGGGCCGCAUGCCACGUCAGUACCUGGGCGAAGGUCAAGGCGCCAAGUGCAACAUCUCGCCGCCGCUCGAGUGGCACAACCUUCCGGAGGAGACCAAGAGCCUUGCCCUCGUCGUGCAUGACGUGGACGCGCCAGACCCAGCGGGCCCACUCGUGCCCUUCGUGAUAUGGGUGGUGGUGGAUAUUCCGGCGGCCGUGAAGGGGCUGCCGGAGGGAUUUUCCGGCAGGGAGGAGGAAGUUGGCGGGGAGUUCGCAGGGAUUAAAGAAGGGUACAACGACUUGAAGAAGCACGGUUGGCAGGCGCCAAAGAUUCCGGGGCCCGGCCACCGGAUUGAGUUCAGGCUGUAUGCUUUGGAUGUUGAUCGUCUGGAUCUCGGCCACAAGGUGACUAAAGACAAACUUCUGGAAGCUAUUGAAGGACACGUGCUUGGGGAAGCUGUGCUCAUCGCCAAAUCUUGAAACAGCGGCUACAAUAUUGACUCAAGCAUCGUUGUGUGCGUGUUUUUUGUGUCCUCCAUUUUCGUUAUCCUUUGUUUUCCUUCAUUUGGUGAUUGUGUUAAUGUUGUUGUUGCGAGUCCCGUGAAUGUGUGUAGUUGCAAUAAUUAAUAACACUUGGACAUAUUGUUAAAGCAUUUUCAGAUAAUCUUUUUAAAUUUUUGGUUUUUGAGAGUUACGUUCUUUUCACUUGAUAUUUCUACCGAAUAAAUUUGCUCAACUUGUAAUAUCAAUAAAUGAAAUUCAAUAGGAGUAGAAAUACUUAUUUUGUUUAAAAUUAUGAUGGAU